AGACUGGUUUGUGUCGUUAAAAUAAAACAUAAGAAGUAAGCUUCAAUCAGUCGUAGUGAGUUUAGAAUGAGAAUUUAUUACUUGUAUUUACAUAAAUUGCAAUUUAUCUUUUUGCAAAUUUACCUAUUUUUUAAUUAAAUCGCUAAAUACAGGCACUAUUUUUAAAAUUCCUCAACAGUAAUCAAUAAUUUUAAGACAUUCAUGAACGAUAAUUUGUUAAAUUGCAAUUUUUAGACCAUGUGGUUUUUUAGUGAGGCCUAUUUUUUUGUAACUCAAAAAUUCUAAUUUAUUCAUUAAUUGUCAGGAUGCUCUUCGCGCAAUAAAUCAGUUUUACGUCGGCAAAAUAUGAAGUAUGUUCUUGUAACGGGAGGUGUCAUUAGUGGCAUAGGGAAGGGUGUAAUUUCUUCUUCAAUUGGAACUCUACUAAAAACUCAUGGAGUUAAAGUUACUUCAAUAAAAAUAGACCCUUACAUAAAUAUUGAUGCUGGAACAUUCUCUCCCUAUGAACACGGAGAAGUAUUCGUUUUGGACGACGGAGGAGAAGUUGAUCUUGAUCUUGGAAAUUACGAGAGAUUCUUAGACAUAACACUACAUAGAGACAAUAAUAUAACAACAGGCAAAAUUUAUGAGUAUGUAAUUAAAAAGGAAAGAAAAGGGGAUUACCUUGGAAAAACUGUUCAAGUAGUACCACACGUGACAGAUGCAAUCCAAGAAUGGAUAGAGCGUGUUGCAAAAAUUCCUGUCGAUGUUAAUGACCCUUCUGAACCUCAAGCUUGCCUUAUCGAAUUAGGUGGAACUAUAGGCGAUAUAGAGGGUAUGCCUUUUAUUGAAGCUCUUAGACAAUUUCAAAGGCGAGUUGGCAAAGAAAAUUUCUGUGUAGUUCAUGUCAGUUUAGUACCAGAACCAAAAGCGACGGGGGAACAAAAAACGAAACCCACACAAACAAGUGUAAGACAACUGAGAAGUUUGGGUCUUACUCCUGAUUUAAUAAUUGCUAGGUGCGGAGGACCUAUAAAUGAUUCUACAAAAUGUAAAAUAUCAUCAUUCUGUGAUAUAGAAGAUGAUUGUGUCAUUGGUUUACCCGACGUGUCAUCAGUGUACAAAGUUCCUCCGUUGAUGGAAGACUCAAAUCUUGUUGAAUAUUUUGCGAAAAGAUUGAAUUUACCUUUAAAGCGUAACAGACGUGCCUUGUUACGCUGGCGAGGACUUGGUAGUAAUCAGGAAAGAGCAUUGGAAGAAGUAUGUAUAGCUCUUGUGGGAAAAUAUACCAAAUUAGAAGAUUCCUAUGCAAGUGUGAUAAAAUCUUUGAGGCAUUCUGCCAUGAAAAUCAAUAGAAAACUCAAAAUUCAUUAUAUAGAGGCUGACAAGUUAGAGAGCCAAGAAAAUGAUCCUGUUAAAUAUCACGAAGCUUGGCAACAGUUAUGUAGAUCGGACGGAGUAUUAGUUCCUGGUGGAUUUGGUAUGAGAGGUUUAGAAGGUAAAAUAUUAGCCGCAAACUGGGCAAGAACGAAUUCAAAACCAUACCUAGGAGUUUGCCUCGGUUUGCAAUGCGCUGUUAUAGAAUUUGCUCGCAAUGUUUUAAAAUGGGAUGAUGCAAAUACAACAGAGGUAAAUCCAAACACAAAUCAUCCAGUUGUUAUUGAAAUGCCAGAACACAAUACUGGAAUGCUUGGUGGAACAAUGAGACUUGGUAAAAGACGUACAAAUUUUACAACUAACAAAUCAAUUGUCAGGAAACUAUAUCAUGACAAAGAAUACGUUGAGGAAAGACAUAGGCAUAGAUAUGAAGUUAAUCCGGAAGUUGUUCAAGAUUUAGAAAAUAGUGGCUUGAAAUUCAUUGGCAGAUCUACUGAUGGAGAAAGAAUGGAAAUUUUAGAAUUGGAAAAUCAUCCUUUUUACAUUGCUGUCCAAUAUCAUCCUGAAUAUAUAUCUCGUCCUCUCAAUCCUUCACCACCGUAUUUAGGCCUACUUCUUGCUUCAUCUGGAAAGUUAGAUAGCUAUUUAAAUUCUGACUGGGAGCCUUCUCCAAGGUCUGGCUGUUAA